AUGACAGAGCUACUAUCAGGUGAUAUUCCCUGUGCGGCCAAAAAGAAGCGUCGGACUUGGACACAAGAAGAAGAGAAUCAGCUACUCCAAUACUACUUUAGCGCACGCAACGAUGCAUCGUUGAAAAGCGAUAAAGGCAUCAAGUCCAAAGCAUGGACUCUGAUUGUUUCGCGCUUGAAGAAAGAUGGCGUCAAAAAGGCGAGGCACUGGGAAUGUAGCUGGUAUUAG